AUGAAUCGACCUCCACAAGGCCGUGGUCAGCCACGGCUUGGUGCUACUUGGUAUCCAGGGGGUCAGGAUGACUUUUACAUGCCAGAAGUCAUAUCACCCUCGCCCCAAAGGGUAAUGCCCGAAGUCCCCGAGAAUAUGCAGGACAACCUUGCCCACCUCGAGCAUCAAGCGCGCGGUCCUCAUCGCGGCCAGCAUGCGCCAGUUCAGUAUGAUCGUAACCGGUUUCCCGAACGAACCUCUUCCGUCGCGGUUGCGCAAGGUCCACCUCUUUCUGCCGGCUAUGAUGUCGCCCACCAUGAGCAAGCUGCAGUUUACGACAUCAGCGACGGCCCAAACCUCUCUCCUUUCCCGGUCUUGAGAAACCCCCCGCCAAAUGUACCCCCUACGGAUGAGCAGCGCGAAGCCAGCUUGGAGAGAGCCAGGGUGGCGGUGCUCUCAUCCAAUGACCCUGAGAUGCAACUGGCCUGGGCACAGGAUGCUCUCGCCUACGUUGAAGUGGCGGUGCAGAAUGAAGCUCGGCUCUCCCUGAUCCAACCUCCGCGGCCACAGACUCCUCCGGUCGAGCGGCAAUUGAAGGUCGAUGCGAUGAACAUAGUGAAUUUCCUGGCAGACCAACAUCAUCCCAAAGCGGAUUUCAUCAGGGGUAUGUGGUUGGAAUUUGGUAAGUUUGGGUACCGCGUGGACAAGAAAGCAGCGUUCCACGCAUACUCUCGAGCUGCGGCGGGAGGGUACGCGCGGGCCGAGUAUCGCAUCGGAAUGCAGUUUGAGAGUUCUGGAGAACCGGAAAAGGCCAUCAGGCAUUACGAGAAAGGAGUUGCUCUUGCCGACUCUGCUUCCUAUUAUCGGUUGGGCAUGAUGAUUCUUCUGGGCCAGCACGGCCAGCGGCAAGAUUACCAGACGGGCUUGGAUUAUAUCAGCCUUGCUGCACAGUCCUGCGAUGAGAACGCUCCUCAAGGUGCCUAUGUUUACGGCAUGCUGUUGGCACGAGAGCUCCCGCAAGUUAACGUCCCAGAAACUUAUCUGCCGUUAGACCUCAACGCUGCCCGUGUCAACAUCGAAAAAGCUGCCUAUCAUGGAUUUGCCAAGGCUCAAGUCAAGAUAGGUGCUGCUUAUGAACUUGGUCAACUCGAUUGCGACUUCAAUCCGGCUCUAUCUCUGCAUUACAAUGCUCUGGCUGCGCGCCAAGGAGAGCCGGAGGCGGAAAUGGCGAUCAGCAAAUGGUUCCUCUGUGGACACGAGGGUGUUUUCGAGAAAAACGACAAAUUGGCGUUCACAUUUGCUCACCGUGCUGCUCUCAGCGGAUUUCCUACGGCGGAGUUUGCUUUAGGCUACUUUUACGAGGUGGGAAUCUACGUGGAUGUCGACCUCAAGGAGGCCAGAAGCUGGUAUGCCAAAGCCGCAGCCAGCGGGAACAAGGACGCCACAAGCCGGAUUGACAGCAUCUCGCGCUCAAAGACGCUGUCAAGGAAAGACCACGAGAAUGUGGCUAUUGCUCGCAUCAAGUCUCGGUACGGGUCUCACCAGCGCGGAAACUCCCUAGAGCCCAUGCAGGAGACACUUGAGAUGCCCGAUCCCUCCCGGAUGAGCCUCGCAGAUAAUGGACCAUCUGGUGCCCCGUAUCCCGACAGGGUAGGAUCGCGCUCCCGACCAGCCUAUCCGCAAGGAUAUCAGGCAGCAGACCCGCGCCCAAGCUCGGCAUUCGGUAUCAACCCCAACAUUCGCACAAAUGCACCAAAUUACAACCGGGCUGCGUCCUACGGUCCAGGUCCGGCGAACUUCCGUAACCCUGGUCCUGGAGCGCCAUCUACGGUUGGACCGACAAGCCCUGUCAACGCGCACAGUCCUUCGACAACACCAAAGCUUGAUAUUGGUUACUCGGCGCCGAUGGAUCCGUCCAUUCCCGAUCCUCGCAGGCGCCCACAGCGGCAUGAUGGCAUGCCUCCAGACCGGAAGCCUAUCCGCACUCCAGUAUCCCCUCACUCCCAGGGCAGCUCGGCAGGAUCUCCUAGGCCCAUGGGCUCGCCUCCCGCUGCAUCAUUUCCUCAAUCUUCGAGAACAUCGACUCCCAAGCCAUCCGGACCUCCUGCGGGCUCAGCAUCUCAAAAGCCUACGGCGCAGGCUCCGACAAAACCCUCGCCAGGAGGCCUACCCGGCAAGGGCCCCAAGACUUUCGAAGAAAUGGGUGUUCCAACUGUGCAAAAAGACAGUGAUUGCAUUAUCAUGUGA